UAGCAAAAAUUUCUGUGUGCAGUUUGGUAGAUGAGGAUUGGAAACUUCUCGGACUGGGUAAUUCACCUCGGACGCGUAUUAUGCGUGUGCCAUAUGCCAAUUAACCAACUAUAAAAAUUACUACUCCUGCACUUCGGCAAUAUAUAGAGAGAGAAUGUCUGAGCACAGAGAGAGAGAGAGGUUGGGGAUUAGAGAACUAUGGAGUAACAAGAUCAGCAGAGAGAAACUGAGAGAAGGGGAUCACAUAUACUCAUGGAGGAAGGGCAGCCUCUACGCUCAUCACGGGAUAUAUAAUGCAGCUCAGGAGAGGGUGAUCCACUUCACUCGGGCUGCGGAUCAGGAGAGUGGCAUACCAAAAUUGGAUAAAUCAGCUGAGAAAUUUACCUCCUCCGACAACCCAUGCCCAAGUUGCGGGUAUCACUCAAAGCUUGAUGGUGUCAUAUCUUCCUGCAUUGAUUGCUUCCUUUCUGACGGUGAACUCUACCGGUAUCAGUAUGACGUCUCAUGGACCUUCUAUAAAUUAAAACGACGAGGGACCUGUACCCGUAAGGCUUCUGAUGCACCCAUUGAUGUCCUUUCACGCGCUCAAACUUUUCUUGAUGAUGGUUUUGGUGAAUACCACGUCGUUACCAACAACUGUGAGAACUUUGCAAUCACUUGUAAGACAGGUGAAGGCGAUGGCACGGCGACAGGACAGGCAGCAUUCUUUUUAAGGACUGUUCCAGAUUUCUUGAGAGACCGAUUCAGCUCUAUCAAUUGAGGCCCAUAGAGGUACCGGUGCUGCGAAAGACGUUUUUGGAUUUAGCAUUUAAAAAUAUCCUCCUUUACUUUAUUGUAAUUUAAUUUAAAUUAAAAUGUAAAACUUCUUGAAAAGUUGUCCAAGUCAACUCUUUAGAGUUUUAGAAGUUUGGCGUGUGUGUAAUGCGCGUAAAUGUGAGUAUUUCUUAUCUUGGGACGAUUCAAUUGCAAAUCAAUGUAACAAUGGAUUUUUUUUUUUUUUUCCUUUAACAAAAUUGACCAAAUUCUGGAAAGAACACUUUUUCUCCUUUUCAUAGGAGCUUUUCUUCA